CCACGCUUUCGUUCCCAUGCAUGUUGAACUGGGCUUGCUACUUAGGACUAACAUUUCAGUAUUUAUUGGCACUUAGAAGAAGUUAAAGUGGGAACAAUUAUGAUGGAAGAUAAUUCAACUGGCAAUCAAGUUCUUGAAGACGCUGGAAAUCAAAUCAGAGAAGCUUGUGAGGUAUUAGAACGAGAAGCAACAAGGCUUCGCCACGAGCAGAAAGCCAUCGACGCCAUGUCGAAAAAAAUAGAGCACGUUCAUCUCUCGUCGACUGUUAACCUCAAUGUUGGCGGCCGCCGUUUUACGACAAGUCUUCAAACAUUGACAAAAGAUUCAGACUCGAUGUUAGCUGCCAUGUUCUCUGGGAAGUUCGAGGUUAAACCAUCAGAAGACGGAGCUUUCUUUAUCGACCGAGAUGGGAAACAUUUCCGGUUCAUACUCAAUUAUCUUCGUACAGGAAAAUUAACUUUGCCGGAUGGAGCGACAUUUCGAAAGGAACUUGCGGAAGAAGCUGAGUUCUACCAGAUCCAAGGGAUAUUGGAUGAGUUAGUGCCUAAAACGCCGAUGAAUUUCGAAGAAUCAGUAAUUCUGACGGAUGAAGAGCACCGUAAUGUGUUGAGAGGUUGGUUGCCUCCACAAGAAGGCAAGUGGCAGCUUCUGAUGCGAGCUUCUCGAGAUAGCUUUGCAGCCCAAACCUUCCACUCCAAAUGUGACAAUAAAGGGCCCACUGUCACCAUUGUGAAGAGUGGAAGCAACAUUUUUGGAGGAUUCACUGAAAAGUCGUGGAACAGUUUCAGCGAAUGGGUAAGAUGCUCACAAGCAUUCCUGUUCAGCAUAGUCAACCCUCAUGGACUGGGUCCAACUAAAAUGCCGCUCUUUCAGGAACACGAGUACUCCAUCUACUGUGAACCAAGCUAUGGACCUACUUUUGGUGGAGGGCCUGACUUACAUAUAUCAGGAAAUGCAAAUAACAAUACAUCAAGUUAUACCUACCUCGGCUGCAGUUAUCAGUGUCCCACAGGACAGAAUGCUUACACAUUCCAGGCGGGAGUAAAAAAUUUUAUUGUGACAGAUUACGAAGUGUUUGAACUUCACAGAUGACAGACCAAAUAUUCUUUCCCACGUCAGAGACCACAAGUUGAAAACUGUUAAAGAGUGCCGUGUCCUUGGGAGCACGCAUUGAUUAUGGCCCAAUGAAAAUGAAUUCUUAAUGAAAAUGUAAGGUUUAAUUACAAGGACAAGAUAUCCGGAGUAUAUAGUUCAUUUUACUUCAUUUCUGUGAUUGUGUUUUUCAAUUGAUCGGACAGUAUAGUUUUAAAAUAGACUCCAAAUGAUCACCAUUCUUAUUUUCGUUUAUUUUGAACUAUGGCUGUACGUAUCUAAUGUAACUUUCUCUUUUUUAGAACUGAACCGCAGACUUAGACUCGCCAACUCCAGGUGCAUGUUGGCCUGGAAACUGGAAGUGACAUGCAUCCCUUUUGAUAUAGAAAUUUAGAAAUUAGUGACUGUUUGUUUGUUAGUCAUUUUGUAUUAGUUAAGGCAUAAGGUCUGAAAUAAUUAUUUCUCGAUAGCCCCUUUUAGAUCUUAGCUUUAAAAAAAUCUAUUCAGUCAUCCCUCGCGUGAAAUACAUUAACAAGUCUUACAACCUGACUGCUGUCGAUGGGAACUGCAAGGUUUAUUUUACAUGCAUCAUUUUGUUGCAAGGUUUAUUUUACAUGCAUCAUUUUGUUGCAAGGUUUAUUUUACAUGCAUCAUUUUGUUGCAAGGUUUAUUUUACAUGCAUCAUUUUGUUGCAAGGUUUAUUUUACAUGCAUCAUUUUGUUGCAAGGUUUAUUUUACAUGCAUCAUUUUGUUGCAAGGUUUAUUUUACAUGCAUCAUUUUGUUGCAAGGUUUAUUUUACAUGCAUCAUUUUGUUGCAAGGUUUAUUUUACAUGCAUCAUUUUGUUGCAAGGUUUAUUUUACAUGCAUCAUUUUGUUGCAAGGUUUAUUUUACAUGCAUCAUUUUGUUGCAAGGUUUAUUUUACAUGCAUCAUUUUGUUGCAAGGUUUAUUUUACAUGCAUCAUUUUGUUGCAAGGUUUAUUUUACAUGCAUCAUUUUGUUGCAAGGUUUAUUUUACAUGCAUCAUUUUGUUGCAAGGUUUAUUUUACAUGCAUCAUUUUGUUGCAAGGUUUAUUUUACAUGCAUCAUUUUGUUGCAAGGUUUAUUUUACAUGCAUCAUUU